AACUCAACACAGAGCUGUCUCCUACUCCUAGUUCCACGGUUCCACUAUAUCUCUCUCAGUAUAUUUCUCCACUUCUGUCAUCACUCUUCUCUCAGUUAAGAUGGCUGCAGUUGCUCAAGCGUUGGAGAACUCAAAUGUCUCGAGCAUCAAAUCACUAGCUGACUCACAAGCUCUCAACUCUGUGCCUUCUGCAUAUGCCUUCAACAUUAACCCCAAUGAUGAAGCUGAUCCUAAUGACCCUGAGUUUGCCAUUCCCAUUGUUGAUAUGUCUCUUCUCACUUCUGGUUCCCCUGCUCAGCGCGCCCAAAUCGUCCACGAUCUUGUCAAAAUUUGUCAAGAAUGGGGCUUCUUCAUCGCAAUUAACCACGGAGUACCAGAGAGUCUGAUGAAGGCGAUGAUUGACGCAUGCCAUGGAUUUUUCAGUCUUCCGGAUGAGGAGAAGAAGGAGUUUAAAUCAGGAAAUGAUGUUCUUGAGAUGUUCAAGUAUGGAACAAGCUAUAAUCUAGCAUUGGACAAAGUACUUUUAUGGAGGGACUUCUUCAAGGUCCGAACACAUCCUGAGUUUUACUCUCUCUACAAGCCAGCUAGCUUCAGUGAGGUUUCGCUGGAGUUUAGCCAAAGAAGCAGAGAAGUAGCACUGGAAAUAACAAGAGCAAUAUCAGAAAGCUUGGGGUUGGAGCCGGACUACAUAUAUAACAAAAUGAACAUGAAUCGCGGCCUACAAAUGCUAGCAGGGAACUACUACCCACCUUGCCCUGAGCCUGAGCAUGCCAUCGGUAUACCCCAUCAUACCGAUCAUGGUUUAGUCACACUCCUCAUCCAGAAUGAGAUGAAUGGUCUCCAAGUUGAGCACAAUGGAAAAUGGCUCACAGUCAAUGGCCCUAAGAAUGGUUUUUUUGUUAACCUUGCAGACCAAAUGCAGAUCCUUACAAACGGUAAGUACAAGAGUGUGAUGCAUCGCGCCACCGUGAACAACAAAGCUACGAGGAUAUCAAUAGCCAUACCACAUGGACCAUCCGUAGACACGAUCAUCGCACCAGCAGCAGAGUUGUGUGAAAGAGAAGGCCAAGCACCAAAGUACCUUGCAAUGAACUACAAGGAAUACAUCCAACUUCAGCAAAGCGGCAAGAACUACAUGAAGUCCACAUUUGAUCACAUCCGAACUUAGACUAUUAGGUUGUUAUAUACUAUCUUGAACAUCCAGUAGUUUCAAGUUCCUCUAGUUUCUUACUUUCUUUUCAACAUCAUUCUAGUUUUUCUACAAUAAUAGCCAUGCCAUCUUGAGUCUCCGGCCAGCUGAUACUGUAUUGGUGGUGCCAAUUAAAGAGCUUGUAGUAAGACAAUGUAUUUGCAUUAUUGCAUUUAAAAUCAAUCGACAUACAUAGAUUUUGAUCAACAAC